UCCUCGUGGGUGCUAGUCAGGUUCGUUUCUGCUUGAGCCAUGACGGGAACUCCAACUUUUUUUUUCUUCAGAGUUGUUUACCCUCCCCAUGGGUGUUACCUGAGAAAGAAACUGAAUAGUGUAUGAUAAAGAUAUCUAAACAGUAAGAAAACAUUUUACAAAAUAAGCCAUUUGGGGGGCCAAAGAAAUUGCCAUUUUCAAGUGAUACAUAUCUGCUUCUAUGUGUGGCUGAUCUUUCUACUGCUCCCUUUUUAAUGUAAAAAUGUAUCAGAUGCCCCAAAAGCUUUAAUUCCUAACACCUAGUGGGUGCAGGGCAUGGAGGUGCCUGAGUGAGGGCAGGUGUGUCCGGCAAAGAUCUCAGGUGUGUCUCUUAGGAAAAGGAACUCCAGCCAAGAUAUGUUAGCGGCUGUUCAAGGAGCUUCAUGACAUCCAGGUGAUGCUGGAUUCUAAUGACCUGCUGUCGGCCAUUGGCUGGGUGGGAAGUAGGGGAGAGGCCAGUAUUUCUAAAAAAAGAGGAGAGGUGAAAAACAAUGAAAAUCAUUCCUUUGCAAUAAGGAGCCUGUUCCCAACGGGCCGAUGUAUAUUCUUUAAGCCACGCUAAAUCAAAGAACCCAAUGGUCGCACAUGGGUUCAGGGAGUCUGCGGGAUAUCCAGGAGAAUUCUAGACAUAAAUUGGAUAUAAUUGCUCAAGGAGUUUGGAGCUUUCUUUAAUCAGAAUGGAAAUAAGGAUAAGCUGAGAUCUUACAGGCAGGUGGUACUUAAGUGAGGAAAACCAGAGCUCUGUAGGGUCCCCUUCUGCUGGGCCUUCUUGCCUCUGCUGUAAAGCUCUUUGGCUGAGAUGGGUGACAAUGGUGACAACAAAGAACUGAAGCAGAAAUUAAACUUUUCCUAUUCUGAAGAAGAGCAGGAGGAUGAAGGGCAGAAGGAGGCACAGGAGAGCAAAAAGGUGCGGUACCACACGCCAGAGAGGUGUGGACAUCAGGACUCCGAGGCCAAGUUCACACCUCCCAGGACUCCCCUCAAUCACGUCUGUGAGCUCAGCACCCCUCAGGUGAAAGACAGAGCGAGUCCGGAUCAGGGUUUGAGGACUCCAGUGUCACGCCCCCACACCCGGCCUGAAACACCGGCCCCGCCAGACAAGAGCAAGCCGCCACCACACUGUGAGAGCCCCUUCACUCCCAGAGGCCAUUCGAGCCAGUCAGUGAUUUCAACAGGGAAGCUCCCUUCCCGAGGAUCUAAGCACCUGAGACUCACGCCUGGUCCCCUCACCGAUGAGAUGACCUCUCUGGCUCUGGUCAAUAUUAAUCCCUUCACCCCAGAGUCCUACAGAAGACAGUUCCUUAAAUCCAAUGGCAAGAGGAAAACUCGACGCGAUCUGGAGGAAGCUGGUCCGGAAGAAGGCAAAGUAGAAAAAGGGCUGCCGGCCAAGAGAUGUGUUCUACGAGAAACCAACAUGGCUUGUCGCUAUGAAAAAGAAUUCUUGGAGGUAGAAAAAAUCGGGGUUGGGGAAUUUGGGACAGUCUACAAGUGCAUUAAGAGGCUGGAUGGAUGUGUUUAUGCGAUAAAACGCUCCACAAAACCUGUGUCAGGAUUGUCAGAUGAGAACCUGGCUAUGCAUGAAGUUUAUGCUCACUCGGUGCUUGGGCACCACCCCCAUGUGGUCCGCUACUACUCUUCGUGGGCGGAAGAUGACCACAUGAUGAUUCAGAAUGAAUACUGCAACGGUGGGAGCUUGCAGGCUGCUAUAUCUGAAAAUGCAAAGUCUGGCAAUCAUUUCCAAGAGCCGAAACUCAAGGACAUCCUUCUACAGAUUUCCCUGGGGCUUAAGUACAUCCACAACUAUGGCAUGGUGCAUAUGGACAUCAAACCCAGUAACAUCUUCAUCUGUCAUAAGAUACCGAGUGACUCUCCUGUUGUCCCGGAAGAGGCUGAAAAUGAAGCUGACUGGUUCCUCUCUGCCAAUGUGACGUAUAAAAUUGGGGACUUGGGUCAUGUGACAUCAAUCAGUGAACCCCAAGUGGAAGAGGGAGACAGUCGCUUCCUGGCAAAGGAGAUUCUGCAAGAGAAUUACCAGCACCUUCCCAAAGCGGACAUAUUUGCCUUGGGACUGACCAUCGCCGUGGCUGCGGGAGCAGAGGCGUUACCCACCAAUGGCACCUCCUGGCAUCACAUCCGUGAGGGGCAACUUCCGAACAUUCCUCAGGACCUCUCCAAAGAAUUUUACAAUCUACUCAAGGACAUGAUCGACCCUGAUCCAGUGGCGAGACCUUCUGCGGCAGCUCUGACCAGAAGUCGAGUUCUUUGUCCCUCCCUGGGGAGAACAGAAGAGCUUCAGCAGCAACUGAACUUGGAAAAGUUCAAGACAGCCACACUGGAAAGGGAGCUGAAAGAAGUCCAGCGGGCCCAGUCCUCCAAGGAGGGCCAGAGUAGCCCCGGGGUCACUGGGACCCACACAGGAUCAAGAAGCACCAGACGCCUGGUGGGAGGGAAGAGUGCCAAGUCUUCAAGCUUCACCUGGGGGCAGUCUUCCCCAUAGGAACUCCUUCUGCCGCCCCAACUCGCCUUUCAUCCCCAACCUAGAAACUGACCUUGUAAACCUUUCUCUUGUAAAGGGAGAGACUAACCAACUUGAGUGCCCAAAGAU